GGGAGUUGAAGGUGCAGAGAAUCAUACCUGGAGUAAUUUGUCGGUUUUAAUUACAGCUGUCGUAACAAUGAACCGGCAGUUUAAGGACAACGAGUCCGGCGAAGCGGAUACUGUAGAGAAACUUAAGCAGAAAUAUUUGGAGAGAAGGAAACAGUUGCCACCUUCAGAAGAUAUCACCUCAGGAACCAGCGAUGAAGCAGUACGAAGGCUUGUUUUGGCCCACAGAUCCAAACAGCCAAACCAAGAGUGGAAAUGCUACAGCAAAGCUUUAAAUGAGCUGUUCAAGGCAGUUACCAACCAUCCUGAACAUAUCAUGUUCUUUCUAAGGUUUGGCAGUGAUCAUAGUCUGCAUGGCAGUAAUGAGGACCUGGGUGGGGACUUUGCAGCUGCCCCACUUCAAGACUCUCAGGUGCUGUUUACAGAAACAGAUGUGACCCUGCCUUCCUGUCUGGAUGGUAGCCCUGGCUCCCAUGAAACUGAUGCAGACAUAGGGUUGCAGAGAGCUCACCAAUUCUCUGACUCACACCGCUCCUCAUCUUUAGUAUUAGUAAAGGUUUACCAGGAGAUGAUGACCAUCUACGAACAGCUAAAGGCAGAGCGACAAAGCCAGCAGCAGUGGGAGAGGGAGCUGCAUGAGCGAGAAAAGAGGCUGAAAGAACAAGAAGAGGCUUUUGGGAGGCUGGCUGGGCUGGAGGGGAUGCUCCAUACUCGCAUACUGGCUGUAGAGGAGAAACACCAGCAGGAGCUGAGCCAGCUGCAGGAUCUUCUGCGAGAGAGGAGCAAAGAGAACAGGAGGCUCAAAUCCAGCUUUGACACCAUCAAGGACCUGAAUGACAACAUGAAGAAGCAGCUGAACGAGCUCAGUGAACAGAAUAAGAAGCUGGAGAGCCAGUCCAAGAGGGUGCAGGCUCGACUCGAGAACCUGCAGAGGAAAUACGAACAAAGCGUGGCACCAAGAGGCUGUCAGAAAGGGAGUGUUAAGAGCACUGAGUGUAUUAAACCAUCCAAGAGGGAGAGAACUGUUGCUUCUGGAAAACCCAGUGACAAGGGCAGCUCCAGUCCCACCCAACUGAAGCUCCUUGCCCUUCUGUUGGACUGGGUCCUUGAUGGGCAGACAUUCUCAUCAGUAGCAGGAAAUGAAGGGAAAGAUGUAGGCCAGUGUCUGCCUCUGGAGGUUGUGCUCAACGAAAGAUGCCUCAAGGUGCUGCCGUUACUAGCAGAUCAGCUUCAUCACACCCCUUUGUCAGAACCAGACCUCCUCCUCCACCUUCUUCGCCUCAUCCACUGGGCUUUGAGACACAUGGACAGUAGCUCACAGAAUAUAGCACUAACUGCCACUCUGCGGCGGAUAGGAGAAGAAGUGUCAAAGCCUGCAGCCCAGUCAACAGUGCUGCAGUCUGAAGAUCCAGAUCUGCCCAAGUCCUGCAGUGAGGCAGCUGGACCCUUUAGGAACUGGCCCCUUUACCGAAGCCCCUGUCCUCACACUCGUAUCCUCUCCACCCUCGUCAUCCUCCGUACUGUCACACAAGCUGAUGUGCUGGCCCAGGCUCUGGACAGCCUCCACACAGAGCUGAGGUGUGAGAAGAGCCGAGGCCUGUUCAUACACUACGGAGGAGUAUGUGUGCUACUGGCGGUGUUAAGAACCAGCCGCGGAGCUCUUCACAUACCUAUAGACGUCCUGAUGCAGCUAACCGAACAGUCCCGCUACCUAAAUCCCUUCCUGGAGGCAUGUAGCUGUGAGGACUUCUUCCAAACAGUGUCCCAGCUCCUUAAAAGCCCUCGCCUGGACCUUCCAUCACUGGAGAAGCUCUCUAUCCUUCUGCAGAAGCUCUCCAGCAUCAGAGUAUGGGUGGGUUGAUGGGAGUAAUGGCCUCAGCAUGGGACACACUGGCCGUGUUGGUUGAUGGAGAAGUUUGGAGGGACUGGAACAAUUACAGCUGAUAUUUAAAACUGACUUGUUGCAAACCAUUCUGAAGUGCUUGACUGUUCUGGAUUGCAAAAGGGUGCAUCCAAUUUUUAAAGUAUCCGAAUCCCUAACUUAACUGUUAGUUUCCAAAACUUCUGUUCAGGUCAGGGUUCUAAUUUAGAUCAAAUUUGCUGGAUAUUUUAUCCUUGGAUCACAUUUUUUUUUUUUAUAAUACAUAGAACACAGUGUACUUGUACUUGUAACACUACUGAGAUCAAAAUUAUGCCUUUGUUAAUAAUCUAUCAAACUGGUCUGAUAAUGAUUACAAGUAUUCAAAGGUAUGAUUUUAUUCAUUUUAAUAAUAAUGAGCAUAAUGUUUCUGAUUAAUGUAACACAUUUUAGCCACUUGUAACUGGAUAAACCUUUUUUUAUAAACUUCAUUUGAUGAUUAGUAGAAGUGAAAGAUUAAAAUUGAAAAUUUUUUUGUGGAAGCAGCAGCAGCAGUGUGACCGUCCCUGUUUAACCUGGAGACUUUAAACCACCUGCUGAAGAAAACAUUCAAGAACAAAGAUGUUUGAGGCGGAAUGUUCUUCCAAAGUAAAUACAACCUGUUUUAGAUGUUUGAGUUGAAGUAAUUCCUUAAGUGACUGCAGACACUUGGAAACUGCUUUCAUCUGCACAAGGAAUUACGGUUAAUAUAAUACAGUAGUUCUGCUAGUGGAAAACGAGACACACAGCAGUAUUGUAGUAAAAUGUAAAAAUGGUUAUUAUUCAGGCAAGCCACCAUGGAAAACAUCUGAUAUAGAAAUCGGACAAAUUUAUAGCAUCGUGCAUCACUAAAACAAGCUCAGCCACUACAGUGUCUUCACUGUAUUUACUUUUAAGCAUUAUUAAACUGUUUGGGUUUUGUUGGUUUUUUUUAGCUUGUGUUGACGUGUUUGAAAGCUUCUGGAUCACGCAGCCAAUGUUCUGCUGUGAUAAAGGUUCAGGAGUGAGCUGUAGCAUAUAGUUUAGCCCAUUUAAUGAUAAGGAAUGUUAUUACCCCAAAUUACUUUGGUUUCUAACCGCUUCUGUUAUUACGUGGCAGGCACCAGAACACAUGCAAAAGCAAUGUUAAAAGUUCUGUUUAUAUACAAAAGGACUGGAAAACAAUUUCUUUUUAGUGCCCUUUUUAAAAAAAGUAUUGCGCUGUUGCAAAUAAGUCAGAUAAUUUUAUUCUCCACAGGGCAUGAAACUAAAUUAUCAGGGCAUAGAAAGGUGGAAAUCCCCCUCCAUCCUACCAAGCACAUCAGCCUAAUUAAGUCUUAGCCUACCUUAAAUUCUUUACUUGGUUACUUUUUUUAAUUGCUUCACCAACUGUAAACAGCCAGAGGCAAAGGAGUUUAUGUUAGAGAUAGAAGAGGAUUUGCUGGCAGUAGUAUGGAGGAGGCUGGUAUUUACAUUUCUUCCUCAUUGUGGCUGUUGUGAAUUUUGUCGCAUCUGGAUGAUAUCAAAUGCAACCAACAAGCUUUAUGAUCAACAGCGGAACGCACUUUAGAUGGAAGCCACAUAAACACUCGUCCUGUGAUGACCAUUUUUCACCAAGCCACCCAGGUUACAUGCACAGAGUCCUGAACUCUGACCUUCGAGCGAGUUCUUCAGACAAAGGAGCACACCUUUAAUCUGUUUUUAAAUUAUGGAAAGAUACUGAUAAUUUGCACAGUGUCUGCAGUGGCAGGCCAAAACUCUCUGAAUCAGUUCUCAGAAAUACAAGAUCCUUUACACGAUGUCACUUUAAGGCAGAUGCAGACGGAUAAUACAACCAGUCUGUCAAGAUCAUCAUAUUAUCAUCAACCGGUUCUUCAUCAUCCAUCUCUUCCGCCUCAGAGACUGUCAACUCUUUCGACAGAAUACAAAUUGAUUGAAAACAGAAGUUCAAUGUGAAGCCGCUCGUCACUUUCUGCUUCCAUUAACUCAUCUGUUGCUUUGGCAAAGCUGUAAUUUGGAGCUAUUGAGCAGAGUGGUAACACAUGACAAUGGGAUUGUUUACUGACUUAACAAAUGAAUGUAAUAAUAGUAAUAUCAGAUUUCCAAUCAAGCCUUCUUGUUUCUGAGUACAUGGGAGUUCAGGACACGCACUGGGUGUAAGGUUGUGUUUACACCCAGCAGUUUAAAUGAACUCGGGGGCACAUCCCUGUUUGGCAGACCUGGCAAAUAAAACUGUCCUAAUCUCAGUUUUGUCCACACUUUCCCUUAUAAAUCAAACAGUUCUUCUGUUUACUGAUCGUAGCCUGGCACUGAUUAAAGAUGACCUUAAAGUGACACGCCGCCUUUUCACCCUCUGCAGGCUGUAAAAGAUUUGCAGUUUCCGUCAUUAUGGAAAAAGCAGUAGUCAGUUUGAACGUACGUCAGUUAUGAACUGGCAAUUUGAAACACCUCUCAGUAUGAUGCCAUCCACUACAACGCCACCACUAAUAACAUCACAAACAUAUGUUUGUGAUUAAAUAUUGUAGACUCAAAGUUCACUUACUGGAUUUUUUUUUUCCAGUACUUUUGACCAUUUUCCAUUGCUACCUUCAGUGAAUGGAAUUUGCUUGGGCAGCCACAUGCUACAGCUGGAAGUUGUGAGAAAAGCCAACCUCCAUCCCAGUACCUCUUCAAAUUAAACUCAUAUUAGACCUUUCUCAACUUCACAGUUUGCAUCCAACAUUCCCGCAGUUAGCAUUCGCCUUUUUAUUAACCAUCAUCAUGAUCUUUCUUUAACCUGAACCAAGUGUUUUAGUUGACUGUUCUUAACAUGACUUCACCAUGGUUUGUCUGCCAUGAUCCUAAUCUUU